AUGGCAGCCGCGCUCCACCCCUCUCUCCCCGCCCCCUCGGCCCGAGUCCGGCCGGGGCUUUGCGCGCCGGCUCCCUCCUCCCCCGCCCCGCACCGCGGCCCGCGCGGGUCCCCCCGCCCCGCCCCGCCCGCGCCGCGCUCCGGUGAGGGGGCUGCGCGGACUCGGGGCGGGGCGGCGGGGAGGGGGGCCGCGGGCCCGGAGGAGGGGAGCGGGGGGAGCCGGGCGCGCGGGCGCGGGGGGCGCCUUCCCGCGCGGGCCUGCGGCGUCGCGGGGGGCUGGCGGCGGGGGUGCCCGUGCGCCCGGCCGGAGGGGGCCUGGCGCGGGAGAAACGACCGCGGGACGUUCCCAGAGCGAGGUCGUCUUCGGAGAACAAAGUCCUCCCGCCCACUCCCCACGCCUGGAGCGGGUCCAGAAGUCUCAGGGCUCGGAGACGGACCGCACCCCGGGAGCUGGAGGGAAGAAUUUGGGAUGUGGGAACUUUGGGAAGUAAAUGCCCAAGCCGGCUCCAUGAACAUCCCCCAGAAGAAUGAGAAAACCCAGAGGAAGGAGAAGGGCAAAAAACACGGCUUUGCCGGCAACGUCGGCGCUCUCGGGCUUGGCCGGAGUGCUCCCGCCGGGGCAGUGUAGAACCAAUCGCGCCCUGUUAGGAGAGGGACGAUAUACCCGGGGUAACAUCCUCCACGCGCCCUCGGCCACACCUUGAAGAAUUUCGGUCCCUCUGGACGGCGCCCGCAGGUACAGGGAGCACCGGAGGGUGCUGGAGGACGGCCCUGCUGCUGCCUGCUCUUCUGCCACCCCCCACCCCCGUGUGCUGCUGUAGGGGACACACGAGCCAGGGGUAACUGCCCCGCUGGCAAACGCACGGCUACUCAGAUAAACUACCUCUUAAUUCUAACAGCCCCGUUUUAAAAGUCUCUUCGUCUCUCAAAUUGUCCUUAACACUCGAAAGGGAGGCCACCCACAACCGGGAAACAAGAUUAGAAGCCUCGAGAAAGCGAUGGGAUCCUUACAGGAGAGAAGCAAUAUUUAGUCAGACGCCAGAAGUUUGGCACCAAAAAAAAAUAGGGAAAACCACUACAGUGCUUUUAUCUAGUCAUCAUGGAGAAAUUGAUGCCCUCAGUCUCUCUACUCAAAUUAUUUUUACUCACUUGCAGUAUGAAUGUCCAAAAAAGAGGGAAUGUUCAUGUAAAUUAUGGUGUUGAAGGGAUAAAGGAAAAUGUUUUUAAUAAAAUGGGAAAUUGCUUGCUAGGGUACAAAACUGCAAAAGUGGACAUGGCAGCUGUAAAAUCACAAACUUAUUUUUAAAUAUUUAGAGAAAAAAGACUGGAAGGAAAUGCAAAAUGUUAAGUUGUCUGGGUGUUGAGAACAUGGGAGGUGUUUUAUUUUUACUCUUUAUUUUCUACAAACUCAGAAACUGCAAACGACUUUUCUAUCCCCACCCAGAAUCGCAUUCAGCCUAUCAGUUUUCCUGUGCCUGCCUUCACUCGCACGCUGAUAGACACACUGGAUAGGGCAGCUACCAACUGAACUCUUGGGCAGAACUUGCAGAGGUUUUCUGUGGUGGUUUUUAAUAUUCCCAAAUGAAACUUGGGUUCCUCGAGAGCUUGGCACAAAGAAAAUGUAAACCAGGCUGGUAUCAAAUCAACGCAUGUUCCAUGAAGAAAUCUCAUUGUUGAGAAAAUUCCCCCUUUUAAAAUUUACUUUUUGGGGCGGCGCCCGUAGCUCAGUGAGUAGGGCACCAGCCACAGACACCGAGGCUGGAGGGUCCAAACCCGGCCGGGCCUGCUGAGCAACAAAGACAACUGCAAUAAAAAAACAGCCGGGCGCUGUGGCGGGCGCCUUGUGGUCCAGCUACCUGGAAGGCAGAGGCAAGAGAAUCGCCCAAGAGUUGGAGGUUGCCGUGAGCUGUGAUGCAACAGCACUCUACCCAGGGUGACAUAGUGAGACGCUGUCUCAGAAAAAUAAAUAAAAUAAAAUUUUAUUUCAUCACCUUAUUCCAAGAUUUAUGGGACUGUAUGAUGAUGCAUAAAC